GCAAAAAACCCGGGCAAACAGCCUACAUAAAUAUAUAGGCAUAGAUGUUAACCUAUUAUUCGCUCGAAUUUAGAAUCCUAAUCUGAAUCUUUCCCUCCCUCAACCACUAUACUCCUCUGUUCAAACAUCAUCACCGCUUCAGACACAUUCAUGACAAUGCAUGAUAACCGGAAAAAAAUCGAGUUGGAGGAAGCCCGCAAGGCAGGGCAUGUUCCUGCUGAAGUAGAUGAAAAUGGCAAAGAAAUCAACCCCCAUAUUCCCCACUGUAUAGCAAUUGUACCUUGGUAUAUUAAUACUCAUAAUACACCCAGUUUAAGUCAUCAAAAGAAAAGGAAAUCAGUCUCCAAUCACACUAAAUGUGAUGAUAGAGGUUGCAAGACUUCCCAGACAGACAAGAAUAGGAAAAAUGCCUGCCAAAAUUGUGGAGCUAUGACACAUGAUGCUAAGUCAUGUUUGGAAAGACCACGGAAGGUUGGAGCAAAAAGGGCAAGCGGUGAUGUUGGGACAAGCAGUGAUAUUGGGACAAGCAGUGAUAUUGCCUCCGAUAAAAAGAGAGAAACCUCUGAGCUUACUUACGAUGGAAAACGGGACAGAUGGGAUGGGUAUAAUGCGGAAUAUUAUUCACAUCUUGUCAUGAAAAGGUAUGAGAAAAAUGAUCUAAGUGUUGAUGAGGCAAAGGUUGAUGAAGCCAAGGUUGAUGAGAGCAAACAAAUGGACUUUGCCAAAGUUGAGAAGCGUGUGUGUACUACAGGCGGUGGGAGUACAGGAACUGUUAGGAACUUGCGUCUUCGAGAGGACACAGCUAAAUAUCUCUGGAAUCUUGAUGUCAAUUCUGCGCACUAUGAUCCAAAGACUAGGUCCAUGCGUGAAGAUCCUCUUCCAGAUGCCUAUCCAAAUGAGAAGUUCUAUGAGGGUGAUAACCAAUAUAGGAAUAGUGGCCAAGCUUUGGAAUACAAGGAAUUAAACAUGCAUACACUUGAAGCAUUUGAUAAGGGGCAAGAUGUUCACAUUCAAGCAGCUCCGUCCCAAGCUGAAUUUCUUUAUAAGAAUUUUAAGGUCAUGAAAGAGAAACUGAAGUCUCAAAUGAAGGAAACCAUUUUGGAGAAGUAUGGAAAUGCAGCUGAUUGGGACCAACUUCCAAGAGAACUUUUGCUAGGUCAAAGUGAGAGGCAAGUUGAGUAUGAUCGUGCUGGUAGAAUUAUUAAGGGACAGAAGGAUGCGUUUCCAAGGAGCAAGUAUGAAGAAGAUAUUUUGAUAAACAAUCACGCAACUGUUUGGGGCUCAUGGUGGAACAAUCACCAAUGGGGCUAUAAGUGCUGCAUGCAGACAAUGCAUAAUAGCUAUUGUACAGGCGCUGCUGGUAUUGAGGCUGCUGAGACUGCUAAUAUGAAGAACUUCAGGCGACACUUCAGGCGUCUCUGUCGUUGAAAAUCCAUGGCUUAUGUUGCUUUUUGGGCUUGUAGUCACUAGUAUUCCAUAGCUUUUGGUUAUGAAUUUCUUAGUGAAAGAAAUCUACUGCUUUCAAUAGAUUAGAAUUUUUGUAUUUUUCAUGAAAUUUACAUAUGUAAAAUGAAAGAAAUUUGAGCAAUACCACUUGGUAGU